UAUUGGGCUACAUUGAGCCUUCCAGGCUCUGCUCGGGGAAAAUAAACAAUGACGUAGAACCAACGUAAGCCCCGCCCACCGGAAGUACAUAGCUUUUCCCCGGGAAAGCUCAUAUGCUUCAAGACAAGUUGAUGAACUGUCUAAAAGCAAUGGAGAAAAUAACAGAGAAGCUGUUACUGGAGAAAGGCUCUCCAAAAAGCAACAAACUGGAGCAGAUCAAGACACUGAAUUUAUCCGGCCUGGGACUGAAGCCCCAGGACCUGCCUGUGCGGCUGCUGUCCCGCCUGCGGUCCCUGGAGCGCUGGGAUCUCUCUGGGAACUCCCUGCAGGCGUUUCCGAAGUCGCUGGAGCUGCCGGCGCUUUGCUACCUGGACCUCAGCGACAACCAGAUGGAGGAUGUUACCACGCUGGAGCCUCUCAGCAGUCUGCAGGAGCUCAAGAUGGAGGACAAUCUUUAUAUCACUGUUAGUGAUAAUUACAAGUUGAUGGUGUUGUUGCCCAAACUGAGGAUUUACAACGGUAAAGAUGUCAGCACCUCGGCCAACCACUUGCGCUUUGUCUACAGUGAGAACCUGAGGACCAGGAUUAUUGCAGUGUGGGAGAAGAGCUUCUCUCUCCCGGAUCCCAUCACGGCGGAGAAAUUGUCCGCCUUGGAGAAAAGCUUUGUCAGUACCGCCCGUCAGCAGGUUAAAUAUGGACCCAGUUCAGUCAGCGACUUCACCAAAUGGAGGGUGGAGAUUAUUGCUAAGGAGUAUCUGCGCUCUCUGACCGAACCAAAGGAAGAGCCGGAGUGCAAAGCCUCCACGGACACUAAAGAGAGCAGUACGGUCUCGACGCCUACAAAGAGGAAACAAAACCCAUCCGUUGACACCAACAUACGCCUGACGCCUCGCAAGAAACUGCGCUCCGACCUCCCGGCCUCCCCAGCCGGAGCCAGUCCCUGCAAGUCGGCCCUGAGCCGCAAACUGCAGACGCUGAGCCAGAGCCCCGCCGUCAGGGUGAGCCCCCGCAAGUUAAAUCAGCCUCCCGCCACGCCGCCCGGGGCUCAGACAGGGGCGCAGGCGCCGAGGAGAGGGCCUAAAGUGCGACAGGCCAAGGAGGACGCCGGGGCUCAGACAAAACUGAAGAACGGAGCGGAGCCGCGGAGGGACGCUGACUGGCUGUCCUCGAUGAAGAGCUGCAGCAAGACACCGCCGGUGCGCCUGAAGCCUCUCCACGUCCUCCAGUGCCACAGCAAACAGGACAGCUCGGAGGACUUCUCCACCCAGCUGUGGGCCUGCGCCUUCCAGCCGCUGCCAGACACCACGGGUGCUGGGGGAGGGAGCCGUUUGGUUGCUACCUGUGGCGGAGACUCUCUCUGUGUGAUUGACUGCGAAACCGGUAUAGUGAUGAAGAAGUACAAAGUUCCUGGAGAGGAGUUCUUCUCCCUCUCCUGGUCCACCGUGCUGAUGUCCAGAGGGGGCGGGGCCUCGGCUGCUCGACACUGCAGCGUCCUGGCGGCCGGUGGGAAGAGGGGGCUGGUCAAACUGAUCCACCCCAGAAACAACGUGGCCUACGGGGAGUUCAGGGCCAGCCGCAAGGCGCUGUCGGUCCUCCGAUUCAACCACCACCAGGGGAACUUCCUGUUCACUGGCUCAUACGAUAACAAGAUCGUGUUGUGGGACAUCGGAGGAGUGGACAGCCAGUACAACUACAAAGUUGUACAGCUGCUGGUGUUGGACAUCAGCACCACCCCUCUGCACAUCUGCCUCCCCCCCGCUUCCCCCAGCUCCCACCUCCUGACGGCCUGCGAGGACGGCCUGCUCUGCUACGACACGCGGCUCGGCAGCAGCAACAGCACCACAAAAAGGACCAAAGAGAUGGAGAUAACGUUCCCCAUCUAUAAGAAAGAAGACAAAGACCAUGACUACCACACCAUUGACGGCCUUAGUUUUCUUACGGAUGACAUAGUGGCCUCCAAGAACUACAUGCAUUGCUCCAUUUAUUUGUGGAGCUGGGGCGGGACCAAGGCCCAGCGGCCCGACAAGAAGGACCGGAGCGUUUGUGCUGUGGUUCUGGCUGAGCUGCAGUGGGCCAACACUGAGAUUCCCUACCUGGCUCUCAACACCUGCCCAGGCCAAGCCUACGUAGUGUGUGGUGAUGACAAAGGCAGGCUAUGGACAUACAACAUAUCCAAGCUGCAGAAAAGCAGUCUCCACACAGGGAAACCCAUUCUCCCUACUGAGAUGUUGGAGUGGCCGACCCCGGUGAGGAAGAACCACGGCCAGGUGGAGGGCCCCUCCAUCAACAGCGUAGCAAUGGACCCUGAGCUCCACUUCCUGGUGGCCCUAAGUGACAGAAACAUGGUGAUCGUGUGGAAGAGGGAGGAGUCCGUCUGAGCAACACGCGCUGCUAAUGUCCGUCUGCUAGUCCUGAGUGGAGGUCGGGGUUUUUGAUGCAAGUUAGGGUCAUUUCGAUUCUAUUAAAUUAAUCGUUCAGUCAUUAUUCCCAAAUGAGGAGACACCCAUGGUGAUUGAGGGUACAGUGUUACAAAGUGGCUGUGGUAAAAUUCCCAGGAAUUCCCUGUUUGGAUCCGGGAAGUUUGAUUCCAAAACUUUCCUGCAGUCCUCCAGAUAAUCUCCAGGAAAAAAAAGAACAAAAUGUGAAUCUUUAAGAGAUUCACAAAUUGUAGUAAAUGAUCCAAUAUGAUGCCUCCCUGGAAAUGCAUUGGCCAAAGUAACUGGAAACAGAAGAUAUAUCUUUUAGAUUUAAAGUUAAAUUGCUCAACUUAAAUAAUUGCAUCAAAUGAUUUAAUUAAUUUUGCACCCAAGAACAAACACAUAAUGAACACAGGUUUUGACACAAGUGGAAUUUGUUUUCUGUGCAUACAUUUAUUUUCUUCAAAUGUACAUAUUGAAUGAGCCUCGCCUAUACUUUUAAGGUCAGUCUUUGGACCUUGCUGUUAUGUAAUGACCUGAUAACAUGACGGAAUGCAAACACACCUCACUAAAAGGUCAACACUGGGGUGAGGAGUAGAGGCAGAGUAGAUAUGCAGCCUGGAUACUGAUCGCUAAGAUAGUGAAUACAGCUAAAUGUUUUCUUUCUCCCUGUCUCAUCCAGUAGUGCUGAACAGACUGUAUGUUUCUGGGUGCAACUCAACACGUUUUUAUUUGUUGAAGUUGUGCCAAUAUAUUGAUUUAAUA